GACGUCGCUAAUAGUUACAGAAAUGGCGAAAUGGCUGGACAUGGGCAUAGUCAUGGAGGAUGUGAUCAUUCAGGUACUCAGCUUCCUCCGGAUCAAGGAAUACAUUAUAGUUUGUACACAAAAAUCGACAAAGCCAAUGUUGAAUGCUUAAAUGAAGCAGUGGAAGGCUCAGGAAAAGAGGUCUUUAAGCCAUGGGAAGAACGUCUUAACCACGAUAAGUUUGUGGACAGUGAUGUGGAUGAAGAACUCCUGUUCAAUAUUCCUUUUACAGGAAGUGUCAAAUUAAAAGGAAUUAUAUUAAUUGGUGGAGAAGACCAGAGUUAUCCGUCGAAAAUGAGACUGUUUAAAAAUCGCCCUCAUCUAUCAUUUGAUAAUGUUGCAAGUGAAGCAGAUCAGGAGUUUGAAUUGCACCCAGAUCCAUCGGGGACCAUUGAAUAUUCUACAAAGAUUGUCAAAUUUUCUGGUGUACAACACCUUUCUUUACAUUUUCCAACCAACUUUGGUGCUGAAAAUACAAGAAUUUAUUAUAUUGGUCUACGAGGUGAAUACUCUGAGCUACCUCGACAGGAGCUGACACUGUUCUGUUAUGAAUCGUCCCCCAACCCAGCUGACCACAAGAUCGACUCUGUUCAUUCUGUUAUGCACCAAAUUCACUGAUCUUUUAGGUUUUUUUUUUCAGGUAUUUAUCUUUUAGUUGUGUUGAUACAGUGAUUCUCAAAUUGCAUUCUGCCUUAGAUUAAUAAUACAGUUUGUUUUUUGUGUGCUCAAUAAAUAUAUGUUAUGCUUAAGUA